AUGAACAAGUUUAGUCUUACUUUCAUUUAAAAAUGCCUGGAAUAAAAGUAUUAGGGUCAUAGAUAUUUAUCAACGAUACCUGCUUGCAAAGUUAUUAAUUUGAUGUGCUUCACAAUUUGCAUGAUUAGAUCGAUAUUUUGCGUUAUUGUGUAAGAUUAUAUAAACGUUUUCAUUUUUGCCCCGCUUGGGCUACUUGUUUUCAUCGUUCACUUUGUAGUUAUGUUUUAUAAAAAAUAAUGGAUAGACUUCUAUCUAGUUGGAAUAAACCAUCUUUUAAUGUGUUAUCAAGUGUACACCGAGGCAGAUUUCAAACCCCAAGAAGCUUUUGUCUUUGGAUAAAACAUGAUGGUUAUGCACACCAUCAUAAUCCUAGUAUCAGACUUCAAAUUCGCCGUAAUCCAAGUGAUUAACAAUGCCAUCAUCAAAUUAGCAAUUGCCAAAUACUUUUAACCAGACAUCUCUAUCUAAGCCUUCAUUUAUUGUUUCAUCCUCACUCUUAUGAUCGUAAUCCCUCUCCAAAGAACCAACAAACAGUACAGGGAAUCAUUUCUCUAUACAACAUAAAAUAAUUCUUUAGACUGGAUUAUCCCCAAAAUUAUUGAGAACCCUUUUGCCAUUUUUGUUUACGACAAAGAAAACGUGGGUUUUCAGGUCAAACUCUCCAAUUUCAAUUCCUUCAAUUAAUUCGAAUCAACCAACUCCAAUCUUCAGAAUCUUAAUUUUAUUUUAAGGAAUUAUAAGCUCAAUGGAAAAACACUUGAAACCUUCGUCCUUAAUCGAAGAAAAAAUUCUGAUAACAUCACUGUCAAUCAAGAACACGAAAUCAUUAAUUCCAAGAACUACUCUGACAGAAUCUACAUCAAAUAUUCAGAAGUCUAACUCACCGAAUAAACCUUCAUUAUCAUCCUGGAUCAGAAACAAUAGAGUUAUAUAAAAAUGGAACACAAAAUACAAAGACUAGAAACAGGAAUCAAUCUAUUUUUAAACCAAUUGAAAGCAUUCCUAAUUAAACAAUUACUGAUGUUAAAUAAAUCUACCGCAUAAGAUUUAUCCUACAUAUAUUAGAACAAAGUCAAUUUAAUGUACAUUCUCACCAAAUUAUCUGUUUAACCAAAUUUAUUUGUGCACUAAUGUAAGGUUGUACCAAAAAUUUAAAAUUUUAUUAAAUUAUUCAAUAAGGCUUACAAUAAGCGAGUUCAUUUUUAGUUUGACAAACAACACCUUUAAAUUUUGACAUACAAGAAUGUGUUUGAGGAACUCUUAACCAUAUUAAUGACAUUCAUAUUUCGAACAUAAGAGAGCUCCCAAGCAAAAUUAAUAUUACGAGGUAGCUACUAUCAGAAUGAGCAAUUUUUGGAUCUCUUAAUCAAAUAUGAUCAAUCCUAUUAAUUGUUUUAGUAACUCCAAUAAAAUAUUCACUUUCGGAGCAAUCUAAAAUAGAUAGGACCUUAUGAUAGGGUACUUAUGGAAAAUAAUGGUAUAUGUUGA